CCCGCGGGGCGGUGCGCGCUCCCUACGGCCAGCGGGGCGGCGCGCGCGGCACGGGGCUCGCUCCCGAGAGGGCAGGUGGGGGCGGGGAUUGGGCACCCGGGUUGCGGUGGCCGGAGGGGCCUGGGCCGCGAGGUCGGCGCCUGUGGCUGCGGCGGCCCGAGGCCAGAGGACCCGCCGCGGCUCGGUCUCCGGAGAGGGAGGGCCCCGCUGCCGUCGCCGCCCGGCCGGUGCCCGAUGAAAUCAGCCCAGAGAAGUGAUGGGAUUUGCCCCAGUUCUCCCACCCAGCAAGUCAGCGCUAACGACGGGUGUUGGCGGACAGUGAUGGUGGUUCUCACUCUUGUGUACGAAGGACGGAGCCCUUGGACUGCUGGGUUCCUUCCAGGGAGGUGGAGGAGAAAUCCAUCUGCUGGGGCCUGAGCGUGGCCUGGGGGCCAGGCCAUCGUUCCCGGAAUGCCCCUGCCUGAGCCCAGUGAGCAGGAGGGCGAGAGCGUGAAGGCCGGCCAGGAACCCUCCCCUGAGUCCCCUGAACCGGGCACAGAUGUCGUCCCCGCAGCCCCCACGAAGCCCACGGAGUUCUCCGAACUGGUCCUACUGACGGCCUCCACUGAGAAUGGGGAUGGAGUGGACUCCCAGCCCAAAGCAGUGCACUGUGUCCUGUCCUUGGAGAUGUCUGGCCCUGACACCCUGGCUGGGUCCCCCCAGAUCCUGCCAGUAGAGGAACAGCAGGGGGCAGUCCAACCAAGCCCCCAGGCCCAGGAACUGAAACACAGCAAGCCAGACACAGCAGCCCCCCAGCCCCUGGAGUUCCUGAGGACCCCAUUUGGGGGCCGCCUGCUGGUGCUGGAGUCCUUCCUGUACAAGCAGGAGAAGGCUGUGGGGGACAAGGUAUACUGGAAGUGCCGCGAGCACACCGAGCUGGGCUGCCGGGGCCGGGCCAUCACCCGUGGCCUAAGGGCCACAGUGAUGCGGGGCCACUGCCACCCGCCCGACGAGGAGGGCCUGGAGGCCCGGCGCCAGAGACAGAAGCUGCCCAGCCCAGCCCUGCCCGAAGGCUUGGGGGAUCCCCAGGGCUCCGGCAGCCGAGUGGAGGAGCCCCUGGAGGGGGUGGGCCCGUGGCUGUGCCCCGAGGAGCCAGAGCCGGCCCCGGGGCCAGUGCUGAGCAAGCCAGCUCCUGAGGAGGAUGAGGGGCUCCGAGCCCUGUCGCUGCUGAGCUUGCCUCCCAAGAAACGCCCGACGCUGGGGACCGGAGGGCCCCCGCCCCUGGAGUUCCUGAGGACCUGCUACGGGGGCAGCUUCCUGGUGCACGAGUCCUUCCUCUACAAGCGGGAGAAGGCUGUGGGGGACAAGGUGUACUGGACGUGCCGGGACCACGCACUGCAUGGCUGCCGCAGCCGGGCCAUCACACAGGGCCAGCGGGUGACUGUCAUGCGUGGCCACUGCCACCCGCCUGACGUGGAGGGCCUGGAGGCCCGGCGGCAGCAGGAGAAAGCCGUGGAGUCACUGCGGGCCAGGCCGGGGGGCCCUGGGGGCCAAGCGGACAAGCUGCUCCAAGGUGUGGACAGCCUGUUCUACCGCAGGGGGCCGGGCCCCCUGACUCUCACUAGGCCCCGGCCCAGAAAGCGGUCAAAAGCCAAAGAUCAGGACCUCCUGGCCCAGCCCCAAGGCGAGGAGGACCAGGACGAGGACCUGGGAGGCCCUGAGUUCCUGAGGACCCCUCUGGGGGGCAGCUUCCUGGUGUACGAGUCCUUCCUCUACAGGCGGGAGAAGGCGGCCGGGGAGAAGGUGUACUGGACGUGCCGGGACCAGGCCCGCAUGGGCUGCCGCAGCCGAGCCAUCACCCAGGGCCAGCGGGUGACAGUGAUGCGAGGCCACUGCCACCCGCCCGACCUGGGGGGCUUGGAGGCCCUGCGGCAACGAGAGAAACGCCCUGGCACGGCCCAGCGUGGGAGCUCUGGAGGCCCUGAGUUCCUGAGGACCCCUCUGGGGGGCAGCUUCCUGGUGUACGAGUCCUUCCUCUACAGGCGGGAGAAGGCGGCCGGGGAGAAGGUGUACUGGACGUGCCGGGACCAGGCCCGCAUGGGCUGCCGCAGCCGAGCCAUCACCCAGGGCCAGCGGGUCAUGGUGAUGCGCAGACACUGCCACCCGCCCGACCUGGGGGGCCUGGAGGCCCUGCGGCAGCGGGAGCAGCUCCCCAGCCCGGCCCAGAGGGAAGGCUCAGAAACCCUCCAGCCCCUGGAGUUCCUGAGGACCUCUCUCGGGGGCAGGUUCCUGGUGUACGAGUCCUUCCUCUACAGGAAGGAGAAGGCGGCCGGGGAGAAGGUGUACUGGAUGUGCCGGGACCAGGCCCGCAUGGGCUGCCGCAGCCGGGCCAUCACCCAGGGCCAGCGGGUGACCGUCAUGCGCAGCCACUGCCACCUGCCUGACCUGGCGGGCCUGGAGGCCCUGAGGCAGCGGGAGCGGCUCCCCAGCACAGCCCAGCAGGAGGACCCAGGAAGGUGGAAGGUACACAUCUGGACAGCGAGUCCCAAUGAGGCCAGCCUCCUCCCGGACUCAGCAGAGGAACCUCACGUGCCGCCUGCGUCAAGGAUGCUCCAGGUCCACACAGAACCCCGGCAUUUCCCACCCGGUUAGAUUUUGCUCGACAAAACCUCUCUUUCACUCUUCCAAAGCAUCCACGGCCUUCACAUUUCCUCAAGAGGCCUCCCAGGAGGAACGCUUCGAUGGUGUAUCCCUGCCGACAAAGAAGAGCCCCAGGAGCUGGUGGCCCGCAGCUGUGUAUGACGUGGAGUGACGUGGGGAGGGCCACGGCCACCAAAAGCUCUGAGGAAGGAAGCAUCAUUCACAAAGACACCUGCCCCUGCCCUGGUGCAAAUUCCCAUCCGUUUUCAGAGCCCACGGCUUUGCCAAGGGCUUUCCUGUUGGGUGUGGCCCUGCUUCGGCUCCACAAAGUGGAAAAUCAUCGUGGAGGCCACUUCAAGACGAAGGUGGGGCACGUUUGGGGAAGUUCCUGCUUCUUCAGGCUGAGCUGCCCCGUGCGGUUCCAGCCGCCCCAGGUGUUUUCCGGGCAGGUGCCAGGUGGGCCUUCGUGCUCCUUGGCCAUCUGCUGCCGGGGUGUGGCUGUCCCAUUAACAGAGCAGGCCGAAACCAGAGGCCUUGCUACACCCUCUGUUAGAGUUCCCUUUGCUGUUUUCCAACUUAAAUUAAACCCAGUGUCCACGAUCCCCUGGGCAGGUGUUGUUCGGGCCCUGGAAGCCAGCCUGACGGCUGCAGGAAGCCAGCGCUGGGCAAACUCCACCGGGGUCGCCCACGUUCGCCUGAUGCAGGAGGAGAGGCAGAUCCCAAUGACAGCGGGCGCAAGCCCUUCUCCCGUCUGAUGGCACGGCAGGGAGCCGGCCUGCAGGGAGCAGUGGGCCCAUGUCCCCCACGAACUCCAGAGGCUGCUGCUUGCUAACAGGGCCGCAUCCUCCCCAGCGGGCUCCUUGAAUUGCAGGGGGAGCACACGGUGCAGGCUCCCUCCCGCCAAGCUGGCCACGCAGCCUGCCGUCCAGCCAUGGGACAGUGACAGCUCAGACACCCCCCCACUGUCCCUCUGCCUAUACAUUUCCCGCAAUAAACCUGAUUUUAUAUCUUA